AUGCGGCCGCGAUCGCCGCCGUACCGGAGCGGGAGACUCGGGAGUGUACAACAGCAAUACAGGCCAAGGUCACUUGCAGGUGCACCGACCCAGGGGAAUGCCACUAGUUAUGCUCCUGCUAGGAGUGCUGCUGCUGCUGUUGAGCACAUGGAGCCAGUGGACCAAGGUGCAAAUGCUUGUGGGUAUUUAUCCCCUACAUUUACUCUUCAGUUCGGAACUUUCAGCCCAGGAGUUACUAACAAGCAAGUCUACUAUGGAUUAUCUGACAAGCCUUCUAUAGUUUCAUUAUCUGCCCAUGAGCAGAAAAAGCAAGAAGCUGCAGAUAACUUGAUUAUUGGUGGAGGAGCUGACUUAAUUGACAAAUAUGAGAGUGUGUGCAUGGAUUCAUGCGAGCUACUUCCCAGAAUUCCAUCUCCCGCAACUCAACAGCAGUGCCAAAACCAAGAAGAAACAAGAGAUAGGGUUCAUACCAAUCAAUCUGACAUUACAUAUAAAUAUCCUGCUACUAAGCCCAAGAUAAGUGUGCAAAUUCCAGCUUCCUAUCCUCCCAAUUUGACGCCACCACAAUUUAUGCUUCCAAUGCCUGGGAGAUCAAUGCAUGUGGCUUUCCAGCAGAAGCAACCUCAAGUGCCAAUUGAAUUUAGGGGGGUAGGCUUUCAAACACAGCCUAUUGGCUGUGUAUCUAGCUCCUUACCUGUGAAAAUAGCUAUCCCCAUGGGCAAUGCUCCUCACAUACAACCAAUGUUUGUUCAUGGCACUCAUCCUCCUCAUGCAUUGCAUCAGCAAACCUUCAUCCACCAAGGACAAGGCUUUGGAUGCGCCCCUCCAGCUAAUUGUCACCUUCCUCAGUUUGGCAAUGCUAGGUUUGCAAAAGAGUUAUCUCAGCAGCAUCCUAGAAGCAGUGAUGAACAAAAGAGAACUGUCAAGAUAACACAUCCAGAGACACACGAAGAGCUCAUGUUGGAUAGACGUGGCCAUUCUGUUAUGGGUAUUCCUUUUUCUAGCCAGAUGCCUCUACAUAACAUAAACCAGGUACCUCAGCCUGUUCAAACAUUUUCUCCAGUUCAGAAAGUGUGUUAUCCUAGACCAGGCACAUACAACUCAAGACCUAUCUAUCUUCCCAACACCACUAGUGCCCCCCUUGCAAGUAGGCAUAUUUCCUCCAAAAUGCAGCCCCCAAUGCAAAGCUUUGACCCCAUUAAUAGCAACCAUCCAAUUACUUCAAUGAAACCUCCAAUGCCGAUAUCUUGGGUUGAUGCUAGUUCCAGGGCAGUGACUAAUUUGCAUACUACUUCAGAAGUCUCUAGUUUCAAAGGGUUGCUUCCAUCAAGCUUAUCUGCUCCGGUUCGUGUUGAGGUAAAACCACCUAUUACAUUCUCUGUUGAAAAGAAUGAUGUGUCAUUAAAUUAUUCUGGUGAAUCUGCUAUGUCAUAUCAGCAAAGUAAUCAUAAGAUUGGGCUACCUAUUUAUCCUGAAGCUGCAAAUUUAGUUUUUGCUGAAGGGAAACUUAAAGCUACAGAUGUAACUUCUGAUAGCUGUAAUUCAAUACCUCAGAAAGUUCCAACCCAACAGAUACAGAGUCAACAAGAUUCAGUUGAUCAUAUCACAUCAACUAUGGCCCCUCAAACUAUCUCGAUUGGUAAUCAACCUUUGUCAUCUACUACAAGUUGUAUAUUUUCAGUAAAAGAGAAAUCUAGUGAGAUGGAAGAAUCAUCAUUGAUUACAACAAGUACAUCAUCCCAGGCAAACAUCAAGUCAUCACAUACUAAGUCUUCAAGCAGAAGCGAGAGUGUUAUUUGUACCGCAACUUCAAUAAUUUCCAAUAUUGAUGUGACAUUACCGACUGACGGAAAUUCUAAAUAUCAUGGCAAUAGCAUUUUGGGGAAACCUCCAGCAAUUUAUACACAAGACAUAGUCUCACCAAAAUUUCAAGGAUCUAAUACACUCACAAAAGGUCUUAGAAAGGAGAAAGUGAAUCCAGUUUCAUUUCUAGAAACAGGCCGUGAACUUGGUUCAGUUCCAUUGCAAAAUCAGGACUUUUUGGUUAAAAAACAUGUCGUAACUGAAAAAGGGAUGUGCUCCAUGUCAAACAUAGAACAAGUAGAUGUGACCAUGCCAGGUAUUGCCUUUGGAUCAGAGGAAGGCACCGGUGUUGCCAAAUCAGGACGAUUUAAUGCAUGCCACGAAUCAGCUGAUUUUCAUCACUUCACAUCCAUUGAUAAGCAAACAUUAAAGAAUGAUAAGCAACCAUUACUAGAUGUGCAAAUUGUAACAUCUCAACCAGAGAAUAUGCAGAAUGGCAGUACAGAUGUAAAGAGUGCAUCGCCUAUUUCUAAUUCAUGUAGUUCCCUAAGGAAAAUGGGGCAUGAAAAUGUUGAUUCAGAAAUAUCUAAUCAAUGCUCGAUUGCUGCACCUUCAGCGGUGCAAACAAAAAAGAUUGAUAUGGAAUCAACCAAAGCCAAAAAUACCAAUGAACGGCGAAAAAAGCGAAAGAAGAUGCUCCUUAAGGCUAGUGGACAAAAGUAUCAUAAUAUUGAUAGUGCAGCUAACUCCCUGAAUGAGAAUGUUGAGAAAUUUAAUAAAUUACAAGAUGUCCAGAGUUUUGACAUGAAGCAGAAUUGUUCAUUGGAUACUAAACAGGUUAGUUCAGCUCGUGAGAUUGAUAGCCAGAUUGACUGGGAAGAUACAACAAAAAAUUCUAUAGGAAAGUUAAAAGAGUUUGGGUAUAUGAAUUCUAUCAAUGGAUUAGAAGUAAACAAUAGAAAAUGUGAGUUUGAUCAUAAACGGUAUUCUCGGGAUUUUCUUUUGAAAUUGGCACAAAGCUACAUCGAACUUCCUGCAGGUUUCAAGAUUGGAUUUGAUAUUUCUGAAGUUGUAAUGAGUGUACAUGUUGGUGCUGCAUUUAUUGACAAUAUCGAGAUUGAUCCAAACCAUGCAAGGAUAAAAGAUCGAGGUUCAGUAACUUCCCGAGCUAACUGUCAUAUGGCUAGCAAGUUCGAUGAUGAUAAAUGGAGAAAACAAUUUCCUUCUCAUGUUUUGGGACGUAACUCUCUUUCAGACAAUGUUCAUCAACCUAUCUCUUCUAGUUGGGAUGUAAUAAAGCAUGUUGGACAUGGGUAUACAAGAAAUAUUUCACAAAACCAACCAUUUAUGAGUCAGUAUAGUGGUGAGGUUCUCACUAGAGCUGUGAAAGAAGUAUUUCAACAUAGCAUGUCACACGGUUCUGUUGAAGAGAAAUGGCAGCAUAGAGCUAAUGCACAAGGUAAUUUAUCACCAUCUCAAGUAUCUAUGCCACUUAUGCACAAAGCUGAGAAAAAAUAUGAGAUUGGUAUGGUGUCUGAUGAGGAAGAGGCUAAACAAAGGCAACUGAAAGGUAUUUUGAAUAAGUUAACCCCCCAAAAUUUUGAGAAACUCUUUGCACAAGUCAAAGAGUUGAAUAUUGAUAAUGUUGUCACACUUACUGGUGUGAUAUCUCAGAUAUUUGACAAAGCCUUGAUGGAACCCACAUUUUGUGAGAUGUAUGCUAGUUUUUGUUUUCGAUUGGCUGGUGACCUACCAAACUUUGUGAAGGAUGAUGAGAAAAUCACCUUCAAACGAUUGCUUUUAAAUAAAUGCCAAGAAGAAUUUGAGAGAGGUGAAAGAGAGCAAGCUGAAGCAGAUAAAACCGCAGAAGAGGGUGGAAUGAAACAGUCUGAAGGAGAGAGAGAAGAGAAACGGAUCCGAGCACGUAGAUGCAUGCUAGGAAAUAUUCGACUAAUUGGGGAGUUGUAUAAAAAGAAAAUGUUGACUGAGAGAAUAAUGCAUGAAUGCAUAAAUAAAUUGCUACGUGAGUAUCAAAAUCCAGAUGAGGAAGAUCUAGAGGCUCUGUGUAAAUUGAUGAGCACAAUCGGGGAGAUGAUAGAUCAUCCGAGAGCAAAGGUAUAUAUGGAUUUUUAUUUUGACCUUAUACAAAAGCUAUCAGAAAACUCAAAGUUAAUAUCUCGAAUAAGAUUUAUGCUAGAGGAUGUGAUUGACCUUAGGAAAAAUAAGUGGAGGCAGAGAAGGAAAGUGGAAGGGCCAAAAAAGAUCGAUGAAGUCCAUAGGGAUGCAGUAAAACAUAAGUUGGGCCAAUCAAAUAGGUUUGGCUCCUCUCCUAACUUUAACUCAUCUGUUGCCUGCACAAACUCUGGGUUAAGACCAGGUCUGCCUGAAAAUAGCACACGUGGAUCAUCUAUGUUGUAUUCUCGUGGACCAUCACAAGUACGUACAUAUGGAUCCCAGAAUGUUAACCUUGAUGCCAAAUAUCAGCCUUCAAAUAGGGUCUUGCCAGUUUCUCACAAUCAAAAGCGUUCUGAUAAAUCCAUUCGUCUUGGUCCUCAAGGUGACCUAGGAAAAAGAAUGUUGCUUUGUGGGAAGCCACCUGUUUCAAACGAUAUUUUUCCAAAAGUUCAUUUGAACAGUCAUCAUUGUCAAGCAUUAGAAAACUCAAGAGAAGGUUUAGCAAUUGGAAUGGCUUGUAAUCGAGCAAACAUCAAAUCUAGUAAUACAUCAUGGGGAACAUCAGAUUAUGCUUCAUCUCAACUAUCAAUUGUUGAUCAAACACAUACAUCGCCCAUACUCAAAAAGGAGAUGUGUGCCGAAGCACAAACAUUUCCUGAAGAGGUUCUUCAAGAAAAAUCGAUAUUAACCAUAAAGGAAUUUUACAGAUUCCAACAUGUUGUAUCCACCCUGGAAGAUGCUGUGACUGAUGCCCCGAAAGCGACCAAGUUCCUAGGUGAAUUAUUUGCCAAAGUCAUAAUGGAAGAUGUGAUCUCACUAACAGAUAUAGAAAGGCUGCUUCAGGAGCCGGAUGGUGGGGACAAACCUGCAAGAUGUCAUGCCCUAGACGACAACCUCACAUCUGAGGUUCUAGGGAGCAUGCUGGAGUCCAUUAGAGUGGAAAGGGGCGACUCUGCAGUGGACCGCGCAAAAUCAAACCUGCAGUGUCCCCAGUAG